AUGGUUUUCCGUAAAUACAAAGCCGUCAAACAAUGGGGGAAGAUGGACACUCGAAUAUUCAAAGAAAUUUUGAAUUCUCGUAACAAUCGCAAAAUGCCGUCUUUCCAAAUACCGGAUGCCGUGAAGGCAUCAGGAGUACAGGUUCAUGAUCCUAAUACUCCUGGAUUUUUCUCUAGUGACGCUGUAAAAAAUGAUAGAGUAGCUCAUCCUGCUUUUCGAGCCACUGGUAUUGAGGAGCAUCCUUUAUAUCAUUCAAUUAGAUGUUACUUAUUUGAUGGCUCUGAACCUAUGAGCGAUGGAGUUUCACAAGCAGCAUGCUUAUCUAAGGCCGUUGUUCACCACGGCCUCCCACAGACAGUCCUUCAUGCCCAACAUGGCAGUGAUCUGAACGAACAGAAUGUGGCUGAUGCUAUUUUACAUGCAGAACGCUAUGAUCCAACAUUAGAAAAGCUCCCUCGGCGUUUUGACCCAAUUCUUUUCUGGGUGAAGCAUCCCAGAGUUCAUGGAACUCCAGUAAUCAGAAGAAAUAACAUAAUCCUCGAAAAUUUAACACGGCAUUUGACAUUAGCUGGACUUCAUUCCGGAAGAGUUACUGAUUACUUGAGAAUUGAUCGUGAUGAACCAAUCAGCGCUUUCCUCCAAGCAUCCCCACAUUUCAAUAUCAGUCCUUUCGUUAUGAGGUUCCAACCACACUUGACUCUUCAAGGUGAAACUGCUAUAGCUCCAUGGGCUAAUAAGGAGGAGGUUGAGCGUUUCAACGCUGAAGCCAUUCCUGACAUAUAUCCACUCUCACCUAUUAUUGAUCUCGGUUCUGAUCACAUUUAUAAUGAAGACGCUGUAGUUUCUCGAUCAACUUCGAAGCUCUCAUUACAUACCCUUCUAUGGAGUAGGGAACAAGAUCAGAAGUAUCCUUGGACAAAGGAACAAAAUGCUGCCAAUGCUAUUCUUCACACAUUCGGUGCUGCCGUAACAGAAGCCAUGAGGAACCCUAGAGAUUUACAAAAGAACCCAGUGCUCGUAAAAGGCGUUCAACUAGUUGAUGGGAAAAUGGAUCUGGUGGCAUUCCAAUUGAACACUUUGGAUUUGUCAGCUGAAAAUGGAGUGAAAAAUAUUGUUUGGAUGGAGAAAGGAAUUCGUUUAUAUAAAAAUAAGCCAUUCUAUGAGAAUUUGGAGGAAGUAGAGGAUCUGAAUAUGGAAACUGUCCACAAGUUCUCAGCCCUCCUUCUGAAUCGUUGA